UGCAUGGAUAGGCUGCCGUUGAAAUGUCUCCUUAGGUUUCAGAUUUUUACCAUUUCAAUUAACAUUAGCAUUUCAUACAAUACAUUAGGCUGAACUUAUUUCCCACGAAAUCUUGUACAAGGGAAUUUCAACACUUGUUUUCACCGCAAAUGCUCUUGUGGGUGUUCUUCAAUCUUUGUCAUUAUUUGCUCAGUGCUUCGAGAAGAAGAUGAACGAAACAUGUAAGGUAUUCAAUCAAGAGAUAAGGCUGGACAACGGCGACGACUGGGAAUUUCACUUGGUUAUCCUCUUUGACAUAAAAUCCAAUGUUGUGAUACAUACACUGGCCGAUAUAUAUGACGGGUCAUCCAUAUUUCGCUGUGCCUAAUUUUCCACCAGAAGGGUGAUAGAGCCUGCUCUGACGUCUGCAUUAGAUAUUGUCCAUUGCAUUUUUUUAUGGACAUUUUUUCCUCACUGACUUUGAGUUGAGAGAAGCAAAUUUACAUCAUCAUCAGCAACAAAAGGGGAAUGAAGAUUUAUGUUUUAUUUUUUUUACCCACGCCUCCCCUUUCACCCCCAAACAUUUACAGCUAAAACAAAUUCUUAAACACAUCAUAGCCUACAUUGUGGAACAAUCUCUAGCGCCGGAGCAUCGCUGGAACCAUGCCUCUUCUGCAGGUUUGGACUGGGAAAUUGCAACUGCCAAUUUAAUCAACAAGACGCUGCUGUUCCUUAUCAGACGUCUCUCAGUUUUUCUGGGCUUUUUCGUUUUUAAAGAAAAGGGCUUGUUAUUACUUUUUGAAAGUCUUGUGUAGGCUGUAAUGAGCAAGAUGUCGGAUCUUCUGGUGUUGGUUGAGGGGGUCUGUGACCUGCACGGAUUUCCAUAGCUUGGGAAAGGGCUUGGACCAAUUACGAGGUUUAAACACGCAUUUUGUAUAAAGCCAUUACAUGACUAAAUGUAUCUUUUUUUUCCAGCAAUUUAUUUGAAUUGCUUUUUUAAACUUUCUUUUCACAAUUUUCUUUGGACCACAAGCGGUUGGAUUAUUGAAACUAUAUAAGGAUUUGUGGAAAUGUUGGGUCCUCAAGAAGAUAAAUUAUGUGGAAUGUUCUCUGCUUUGGCGGCUCUGUCCUUCGUUUGCUUUGUUCAAAGCACCUCCACUGGACAAACCGGAAUAUCUGUGGCCAAGGCCACGGUGGACAAGUUGCUGAAGGGGUAUGACAUCCGUCUAAGGCCUGAUUUUGGAGGUGCCCCAGUCAUCGUAGGAAUGAGCAUCAACAUCGCUAGCAUUGACUCCAUCUCAGAAGUGAACAUGGAUUACACCAUCACAAUGUAUUUCCAGCAAAGUUGGCGAGACAAGCGGUUGGCAUACGCUGAGCUGCCCCUCAACCUGACUCUGGAUAACCGUGUAGCAGACCAGCUGUGGCUCCCAGACACCUACUUCCUCAAUGACAAGAAGUCCUUCCUGCAUGGCGUGACAGUGAAGAACCGUAUGAUUCGACUGCAUCCUGAUGGCACCGUGUUAUAUGGGCUCAGAAUAACCACCACAGCAGCUUGCAUGAUGGAUUUGAGGAGGUACCCCCUCGACGAACAGAACUGCACCUUGGAAAUCGAAAGCUAUGGGUACACCACAGACGACAUCGUGUUCUACUGGCACGGAGGGGACAAUGCGGUGACGGGGGUGGACAAACUGGAGCUUCCCCAGUUCUCCAUCGUGGCGCUUCGGCUGGUGUCCAGGGAGGUCAGGUUUACCACAGGUUCCUAUCCCAGGCUAUCACUGAGUUUCAGGAUUAAGAGGAACAUUGGCUACUUCAUCCUGCAGACAUACAUGCCCUCCAUCCUGAUCACCAUCCUCUCCUGGGUCUCCUUCUGGAUCAAUUAUGAUGCCUCUGCAGCUCGGGUGGCCCUUGGUGUUACAACUGUGCUCACCAUGACAACCAUUAACACCCACCUUAGGGAGACCCUCCCAAAGAUCCCGUAUGUGAAAGCCAUCGACGUCUACCUCAUGGGCUGUUUUGUGUUUGUGUUCCUGGCCCUGCUCGAAUAUGCCUUCGUAAACUACGUGUUCUUUGGCCGGGGACCCCAGCAACAGAAGAAAAUCCACGAGCGGCUGAACAAAACCAACAAUGAGCGCCCGCGAUACGAAGAGAAGCGCCUGAGAGAACAGGACUCCAUUGCCACGCCGUUUCAAACCAACACCCUCAGGUCAUAUACACAGAGAAGAAAUCUGUACCUCGAGGAGCAAAGAAAAGUUGGGGUGGACGCAUACGGGAACAUCCUGCUCACCACGCUGGAGAUGAAUAACGAGGUGAUGCCGUCAGAUGUAGGAAGUAGCGUCAGUGACUCCCGGAAUUCAGUGAUGUCAUUCGACAGCUCCGGGGUCCAGUUCAGGAAGCCCAUGGCUCCCCGGGACGGCUUCAGCCACCACUCACUGGACCGCAGCGCUAUGCGCAGCAGGGCCAACUGUCGGCUACGACGGCGCUCCUCUAAGCUCAAGCUGAAAAUCCCCAAUCUGGCAGAUGUCAGCACCAUUGACAAAUGGUCCCGGGUCCUUUUCCCCAUCAUGUUUGGAUUUUUCAACCUAAUCUACUGGUUGUACUAUGUGAAUUGAUGUGCAUCCCACUAGGAAUCAUGGGCCAUAUUUUGAGAGCACAUUAAAUUGGCUUUGAUACAGUUGGAAAAUAUGUAUACACAUAUACAAGUUGAUACAUACAGUAUGUAUAUGCAUAUUUCUAUAUAUUAUAUUUAUAUAUACACGUGUGUGUGUGUGUAAAUCUGAAGGAUUUUUCUCCUGUAUAAAGUAUUAUUAGAAUGACUUGAAUGUUUAAGAAUAAUUUCAAGCCUUUGAGUUUCCUUUUUCUUGUGAAACAAACAAACUAGCAAAGAAACGAACGAACUAACAACCAUCAGAUCCCUUUGGGGGAUUUUGGAACUAAAGACUGCAUGAUAUUUUUGCUAAAAAAGAAAGCGAAAGCUCUUGAGAGAAGAGAUGUCUCAGUCUCAUUGGCUUUUUAUUGAUACUCCGUAAUCGGCGUCCUCUACUGCAGCUCAUCAAAUCAGGUGACUCGUGUGUUCAGGCAUCGGCUGAGUCAAGUCCCUAAUAUCCAGCCCCCCCCGCCCAUUUCCCAUGGAUAACUUUACACGGAAUUCUCCGGUUCGACCCUGUACAGCAACCUUGUUUGGAUUAUGUGUCGUUCCUUGGCUUUUUUUUUCGAGUGACGUUGUUCUCUUUAUGGGACAUCGGCUCUGGUACAAUGCUGGUCUGCGUUUGGGGGGCCAUCAGGAUGGGAUGUUAGACCACUGCGUUUCUGAGUCAGUGCAAAACCUCUCUUCAUUUCUCUAUUCAUGUUUGUUUUUAGAGCAGUUCCUUGGGGUAUUUUCAUUAUGGUUAUCCAGAUGAUGAUUAUUGUAAUUAUUAUUUUGUUUUGAAAAUACUGGGCUUUUGGGAGUGUGUCACUUAACGAGGUUCUAGUUAGUGCAUUACUAGAAAAAAAAGUCACAGGUAUGAAUUGCUCAUUUUGAUUGUUUAAAAAAUAGACAUAUAAUGUACAUUUUGUAAUUCAGUAUCCUCGUGGACAUAGUUGGCAAAUAUAAUGUGCGUUUUCUUUACCAUCUUCCUUCACAUGCUCUGUAGAUACAGUAAUUAUUGCCUCAUAUUCAGCUUUGUGUUCUGUAAGGAAGAAACGAUACCUAGAAUGAACACAUUUGAAGUUAUUCCACUAUAAAAAUGUGAGAAACAAUAUUGUGUAUUAAAAAAGGGAUAUCGCCAUGGUUUAUUUGUAUGAGAGUGAAAUCAACAUAUCAGCCCAUAGUUUGACCUGUAGUUGAAUGUAAUACUCUCUCACUUUGAAACAGUUUUCACCCUGAGAAUGUUGGGCACUGAUAUGAUAGUUCCUAUGAAACGUGCCUGUCUUAAAAUUUGAAUGGCCGCGUUCUCAAAUUUGCUUUUUUAGUUGCGGUUGUAGCGGGGAGCGGGAUUAGAGGAAGAAAAAGAAUCAACCUCUCGCAUCCAUUAGCUCUGAAAACACUGGAGAUCUACCACCCUUCAAAUGGGCUCUGAGGAUCACACCCCAAAGAUCAGAAACAUCAGCAGAAUCGGGAAAAAUUGGUUUUCAGUUUUUAGGGGGCAAGACAAGAUGUGUGAUAAAUAUAGCCAUGAACUAAAUUGUGAACCAAAAAGGCCUAGAAUCCCUAUGUUAUUUUUGGCUUUUGCUCUUAAUGUCACUACAUUCCAUCUGCUCAGAUCCACACACUAAUGAGAUGUCCACUGCAGAGUUGAUGCCAUGCCAUUUUGAGCCACAGUGUACCUUUAAAGGACAACCUUGUUUUUCAUUAUUUGGUUCUGCCUAGAGUGAAGAGAAGAGCAAAUGCAUUCAGGCAUUUCAGUUUAAACUGGCAUUUACAGGCUAUCUCUGUGUUCAAACUAGCAUUGCAUUGAUUCAACAAUGCAGUGUAGUGGAUUUGAAUAUUCAUGCUAAGGAAUGACAAUUGCGGUUGUGAUUGAAACAUGCAGCGCAUUGUUGAAUCUACUGGGUUUGCAUGGUUAUCAAAUGACAUGGGGUGACAGAGGGAGGAAAAGUCGCAGGUCAGAUGCAGAGGUAGCCAAACCAAGAGAUGGGGUCCUUUGGACGUUCCAGAGGAUAAGAGAGGAGAGAAUGUUGAGAGCAUCACAGUUACUGCCUUGCAGAUUGCAGUGACCAAUCUCCUCAAAACUCACUGAUGGGCUCCCCUAAGUUCCAAGAGCUUGUCUCUCCAACGUCUCCUUCCCCUGGCCGGCACCAGACAGGAAGGAAACGGACCUUUAACUGGGAGCCCUGGGCCCCAUGGAGGACUAGCACAGGACAGGAUGCACCACGGGGCAGAGAGAGAGGAGAGACAGAAAGAAGGACAAAGAGCGAGAAACAGAGAUACAGAAAAGGAGAAAGAUCAUAGUGUGGAGCAAAGAAGAGAUCUUGGAUCCUGACGCUUUUCGCCCCAGUGAGUUGGAUCCCACUCCAAUGUUCUACCUGUAGUUGAUAGUAAACGGAACUGUAUCUGGGAUACUGUAGCAUACUGUUGUCACUGGUUACAAUGUUACGCCACCAAUGACGGCUCGUCUCUGCAACAUAUUUGAGAGAAAUGAACCAGAGUUUGCACUAAGUCCAACCUGCAAUGCCAGGUUACACUACAGCAGAAAAUGAAGCAGUACAGUGUAGCUAUUGAGACUCAAGGUUGAAAAAAUGAGUUUCUGUUUAGUCUAAAACAUAAUCAGUGGAUGAUGCUAAUCUGUAGGGGGAAGAAAUACUGUAUGACGUCACUUGAUGUUACUCAGGAACCUGGUAUCAGAUUUUAAGGACCUUCCGCUUCUGCUCCCUAUUGAUCUAUGUCAAACUAGCCUACAUAAUACUUCAUAAACAUGGCAUAACUCUUGUUUUAACCAUACAUCUCCUUUUGGCCAACGACCCCUGUGGUGUCACAUAUAAGGACUUAGGCUUGCUAGUGUCAUCAGGAUUUCUAUGAAUGGUUUUGGUAUGGAUUGUGUCAUGGUUAAGAUGGCCUUAUAAGGGCUUUAGCCUAUAGAAUUCAUAAGUAACUAUGUGUAUUUAUGUUGUAUUUACUGUAAGCUAUCACUCACUCAGUCACUGAGACACCAACCAGCUGAUCAUAUUGUCAGAGUAGCACUAGAUGUUCAACCAGCUGAUCAUAUUGACAGAGGAGCACUAGAUGUCCAACCAGAUGAUCAUAUUGUCAGAGUAGCACUAGAUGUCCAACCAGCUGAUCAUAUUGUCAGAGUAGCCCUUGAUGUCCAACCAGCUGAUCAUAUUGUCAUUGUAGCACUAGAUGUCCAACCAGCUGAUCAUAUUGUCAGAGUAGCACUAGAUUUCCAACCAGCUGAUCAUAUUGUCAGAGUAGCACUAGAUUUCCAACCAGCUGAUCAUAUUGUCAGAGUAGCACUAGAUUUCCAACCAGCUGAUCAUAUUGUCAUUGUAGCACUAGAUGUCCAACCAUCUGAUCAUAUUGUCAGAGUAGCACUAGAUGUCCAACCAGCUGAUCAUAUUGUCAGAGUAGCACUAGAUGUCCAACCAGCUGAUCAUAUUGUCAGAGUAGCACUAGAUGUUCAACCAGAUGAUCAUAUUGUCAGAGUAGCACUAGAUGUCCAACCAGCUGAUCAUAUUGUCAUUGUAGCACUAGAUGUCCAACCAGCUGAUCAUAUUGUUAGAGUAGCACUAGAUUUCCAACCAGCUGAUCAUAUUGUCAGAGUAGCACUAGAUUUCCAACCAGCUGAUCAUAUUGUCAGAGUAGCACUAGAUUUCCAACCAGCUGAUCAUAUUGUCAGAGUAGCACUAGAUUUCCAACCAGAUGAUCAUAUUGUCAGAGUAGCACUAGAUGUCCAACCAGCGGAUCAUAUUGUCAGAGUAGCACUAGAUUUCCAACCAGCUGAUCAUAUUGUCAUUGUAGCACUAGAUGUCCAACCAGCUGAUCAUAUUGUCAGAGUAGCACUAGAUGUCCAACCAGCUGAUCAUAUUGUCAGAGUAGCACUAGAUGUUCAACCAGAUGAUCAUAUUGUCAGAGUAGCACUAGAUGUCCAACCAGCUGAUCAUGUUGUCAGAGUAGCACUAGAUGUCCAACCAGAUCUCGACACAGGAAACAACUAGAUCUUGCAGUUGUUGUUCUUGUCCACAGCCUGUAGAUAAAAAGUUCAGCUCUGUUGAUUUUCGUCUGUUAGUGAUCCAACAUACACUACACAUGUUCCCUACCUAUGGUGUGUUUGGUUUGGCCUGGAUGGAUGGAGCCCACUGGAUAUUAAAUGUCAUGCUAGGUAACCUCCCCACCCUCAAGUAGCCAGCACUUGAGUAAAAUGAGAUAUGAUUAAAUAGCAAAUCACCCUGGCUUACAUAGCUUCAAGACAGUGGUCACAAAACAUUUUGUGAAAAUGUUCAAUGGCAAUACAAUAAAUGUAAUGAUUUAAAGUGCAAAACAAGUCUUACAAAGGCAUACUAUACAAAGAGUUGAGAAACAAGGAGAAAAUACAUAAAGCCACCCAACUCUAACAAACAACUUAGGGCCAGAUGUACUAGCUAAGCAUUUGCACUUUGCAUUUAAACUGCGUAGUGAAAAUAUCAAGUAAAGGUAAUAGUUGGAUUACAACCUUUUGGCCUUUUGUUUGGAAAUAAUCAAUUUGAUGUGAAUUUCACUAUGCACUAAAUAGCUUAUACAUGUUUUGGGGGGGUUUUCACACAAUGACAGUUAAUUUCAUAUAACCUACAGUGAAAAAUGAUUUCAUUUUUCCCAGAAGUAACUUAUGAUUGGUCUGUAUGGAAACUCUUGCAUGAGUGCAGUCAAUAUACUCAUUACAUUGAACUCACACCUACUCUACGUGCAAAUGUAAACCACUUUCAUGUCUCAAAAGCUGUAAGGAAAUACCAGCUACAUGUUUUUCAUGUUCUGAUUUAUUUUAGUUAUGCCACAUAUGUUUUGUUGAUACAUUCAUUUAGUGGAGGUAAAAAUUAGUGGAGAUAAAAAAACAAAAAACAACAACAGCUGUUGAACUGAUUUCAAUGUGAAUUUUCUUGCCUCUUGUGUAUAUGUUUAAUUAUAUGUGAAUUGUACUGUAAAUAUGAUAUCUUUCACUGGAUAUUUCUUAAUGCAUGAACAAAACAGGGCAGUACGUAAUAGCAGCUAGCUUCACUGCUAAUGGCAUGGACAGCUUCUAUGGCAUUGGCAUACUUCUGCAAAGAAAACCUAAAAAAAAAAAAAUGUUAAGAAGAGAAGAUUGUUUUGUUUUGCAUGA